AUGAGUGUAAAGGAAAAUACGAUCGAUGGUUUCAAAAAACCAUCGAUAGUGGCUAAAGCAUUGGCCCCAUCGAUAGCAUCCAUGGUUCCAUCGAUAGUUUUGCAGCACUACCGCCCACCAACUUUAAAAAACCAAGAGUACUCUCUGAUUGUUCCUUCCGCCAUGACCAUCUUUCUAUUGUUGAUUACAGCGCGGGAUUGUAUGAGAUCGACAAAUUUUCUGGCUCACAAUGUACACAAAAUACGUCAUGACAUAGAAGGCUUCAACAUCUCAACACGGUUACAAAGCUUCACUUUACAAAUGCUACACCAGCAGAUCAUUAUUGAUGGUUUUGGGUUCUUUGUGCUAAAAUGCGAUAUGGCGAGGGACAUGCUGGGUUCAAUAGCCACUUAUAUGAUCUUCUUUAUACAAUUUAUGCCUAAGUUUAAAAGUUUCUAA